CCGCCUUCCUGCUCCGGUAGCGGCGGAGGACACGGCUGCCGGCCCGCGGCCACCCCAGUGGGAGCGAGGGGACCCCCGGGAGCUGCCGGGGCUGAACCAGAACAGAGGAAUUCCCGAGACCACCCAGAACCGAGCAGGAGAACCCCCGGGACCACCCAGAACCGAGCAGGAGCAGAGGAACCCCCAAGACCACCCAGAACCCAGCAGGAGAACCUUUAGGACCACCCAGAACCGAGCAGGAGCAGAGGGACCCACGGGACCACCCAGAACCGAGCAGGAGAACCCUCAGGACCACCCAGAACCGAGCAGGAGCAGAGGAAACCCCAAGGCCACCCAGAACCCAGCAGGAGAACCUUUAGGACCACCCAGAACCGAGCAGGAGCAGAGGGACCCCCGAGACCACCUAGGACCGAGCAGGAGAACCCCCAGGACCACCCAGAACCGAGCAGGAGCAGUGGGACCCCCGGGCCGCCCGUGCUGCAGGCAGCAUGGCGCAGUGGCAGGAGGUGCAGAGCCUGGCCAACACCUACCUGGAGCAGGUGCACCAGCUGUACGCGGGCUCGGCGCUGCCCAUGGCCGUGCGGCAGUGCUUGGCCGCCUGGAUCGAGGACCAGAACUGGCGCCAGGCGGAGGAGCCGCUCUCCGCGCACGCCCCGACGCUGUUCCACUCCUUGCUGGUGCUGCUGGGCGAGCGCCUGGGCAGCCUGGGCUCGGGCUACGAGGAUUUCAUGCUGAAGCACAACCUGCGCAAAGCCCACCGCGACCUCCAGGCCGAGUUCGCGAAGAAGCCGGAGAAAUUCGCCAACCUGGUGGCCAACCUGCUGCAGGAGGAGCGGCGGAUCCUGCGCCUGGGGCAGGCGGGGGGGCAGAGGGGUUCGGCCCCCGCGCCCAGCCCAGCCCCGGGGAGCGGCCGGGAGCAGCAGAUCCAGCGGCGCUUGACCGAGUUCCACACGGCCCUGCAGGAAGCCGACCGAGCCUUCAGGCACCUGGAGGAUUUGCAGGAUGCCUUUGACUUCUGCUACAAGGUGCACUACCAGCCAGGGAGGGAGAGGAGCGGGGACCCCGAGUACAGGCAGGAGCUCCAAGCCCUCCAGGCCAAGCUGCAGAACCUGGACCGGCAGCGGCGGGAGGUGCUGGCUCAGAUGCAGCAGCUCCUGGGGCGCAGCGAGACCCUGCAGGAGCUGCUGCGGGAGGAGCUGGGGGACUGGCGGGUGCGGCAGCAGCGCCUGUGCCUGGGGGGCCCCGGCGACACCAACCUGCGCCCGCUGGAGACCUGGUUCACGCAGCUGGGCCAGGGGCUGUUCCAGCUGCGGCAGCUGCUGCGGGCGCUGAACGACCUGCGACAAAAGGUGACCUACGAGAGGGACCCGCUGGUGGCAGAGACGCCCCUGGUGGAGCAGCGGCUGCAGGAGCAGCUCACGCACCUGCUGGAGAGCGCCUUCGUGGUGGAGCAGCAGCCCAGCACCCCCAACCCCAGCAAGCGCCCGCUCGUGCUCCGCACCGGCAGCAAGUUCUCGGCCCGCGCCCGCCUGCUCGUGCGGCUGCACGACCGCAACCACCGCAUGGAGGCCAAGAUCCACAUCGACAGGGACCCGCCCAGCAUCAAAGGGUUUCGCAGGUUCAACAUCCUCACGUCGAGCAGCAAAACGCUCCUGGCCGGGGACAGUCCCCAGGAGGGGCUGGUCUGCGACUUCCAGUACCUCACGCUGAAGGAGCAGAAGGACAGCAGGGCUGGCAAGGGCAAGGGCACCGGCGGCGAGGGUCCCCUGGCCGUGACGGAGGAGCUGCACCUCAUCACCUUCACGCUGGCCUACGCCUACUGCGAGCUGGAGCUGGAGCUGGAGACCACCACGCUGCCCUUCGUCAUCAUCUCCAACAACAACCAGUUCUCCAGCGCCUGGGCCUCCAUCCUCUGGUUCAACAUGCUCAGCUCUGACCCCAAGGCCCAGCAGUUCUUCUCCUCACCCCCACCGGCCCCGUGGCCCCGGCUGGCCGAGGUGCUGAGCUGGCAGUUCCAGAGCGUGGCCGAGCGGGGCCUCAGCCAGGAAAACCUCCUCAUGCUGGCCGAGAAACUCCUGGGCUCGAAGCCACCACCGGACAGCACCGUGGCCUGGCCCAAGUUCUCCAAGGACGGAGCCGCCGGUUUCUCCUUCUGGGCGUGGCUGGACGGGAUCCUGGGGCUGCUGCAGGAGCACCUCAAGCAGCUCUGGAAGGACGGACUCAUCCUGGGCUUCGUGAGCCGCAAGCAGGAGAGGAAGCUGCUCAAGUCCAAGCUCACGGGGACGUUCCUGCUGCGCUUCAGCGAGAGCAUCCUCGGCGGGGUCACCUUCACGUGGGUGGAGCACCACGAGAAAGGAUCCCCCUCCUUCCACGCCGUGGAUCCCUACACGGCCUCGGAGCUGGUGUCGCUGGCGCUGCCCGACAUCAUCCGCGACUACCAGAUGAUGAUGGAGGAGAACAUUCCAGAAAACCCCCUCAAGUACCUGUACCCCAACACCCCCCGGGACGAGGCUUUCGCGCCCUACUACAGCCAGAGGCAGGAGGGGAACCUGAGCGAGUCCAAGAAGUACCUGAACCGGCGCCUGAUCCGCGUGUCCUCCAGGCAGCCCAGCAAGUGGCAGACAGAAGAGGAGCUGGUGGUGGCCACGGAGAACCUGGAGACGCUGCAGCUGCAGCCCGGAGGGCAGGGGACACAGCAGGCUGGUGGCCUGGCAUUGCCACAGCCCCAGAGCUUGGGGACACCCCAGGUCACCCCUGGGAACGUGGAGACACCUCAGAGCGUGGCCAGCAGGCUGGGGAUAGCACAGGUGACACUGCCGGUCACCCCUGGGAGCCUGGGGACACCACAAGUGGUGGCCAUGAGCCCAGGGACCCUGCAGCCCACGGGCUUGGGGACGCUGCAGCCACAGCCCCAGCGCUUGGGGACACCACAGGUGGGAUCAGGGCUCCCCGACCUCCAGGGGACACUGCAGGUGGCACCGGGGGCCGUGCAGGUGCUGCCUGGGGGGGUGGGGAUGCUGCAGGUGGGCUCAGGGGGCUUGGGGAGCCUGCAGCUGCUGCCGGGGGAGCAGGGGACAGUGGCUGUGGACACGGGGACGCUGCAGCCGGUGCCGGGGGCUGCGGAGCCACCGCAGCUCCCCGAGGAGCAGGGGACACUGCCACCGGAGCUGAGGGACCUGGAGCUGCUGCCGGGCAGCCAGGACAUGCAGGAGCUGCUGCAGUCGCUGGAGGGGCCAGACCUGGGCUCGGGGACUCUGGAGACGCUGGAACUGGCGGAGCUGAUGCCGAACAUGGAAACCUUCGAGGAGAAUUUCCAGCUGAGCCCCGGCAGCGCCGCUCUCCUGGACCACCACGACCCGUUCCUGCCGCAGUCCGAGGAGCUGGCCCUGCCCGCCGCCCCCUCCCUCUUCUCCUCCACCGACUUUCCCCCGCUCCACAUCGACGCCAGCGACUUCCAGUGACCCCUCCCUGUAAAUAACCCCCUUCCCACCCCCUCCCUGUAAA